UUGUUGGCUCUUACGGUGAGGCGGCUUUACUGAAACAUAAGGCCAACUCUCUCUCUCUCUCACACAUGGAGAAUGCUAAGCAGCCACUUCUGUCCUCCAGUGGGGACCAAAGCCAAGACCAAGACCAGCUGCAGUUCUCCGACCCAGUAGCAACAAACACGUCCUCUGCUGUCACCUUCGUCGCCGGCGUCCCUGACAUCCCUCAUAUCAAGGGGCCUGCCGAUUUCUUCACACAGUUCCUCAUUGAAUCAAAGAAGCUCUGGUACCUCGCCGGCCCGGCCAUCUUCACCUCCAUAUGCCAAUACUCCCUCGGCGCCAUUACCCAAGUCUUCGCCGGCCAUGUUGGUACUCUCGCCCUCGCCGCCGUCUCCAUCGAAAACUCUGUCAUCGCCGGUUUUUCCUUCGGCGUAAUGCUUGGGAUGGGGAGCGCGCUGGAGACGCUGUGUGGGCAAGCGGUCGGAGCUGGGCAGCUUGACAUGCUGGGAAUCUACAUGCAACGGUCAUGGGUGAUUCUGUUGACGACGGCUGUGAUUCUAAGCCAGUUAUACGUGUUCGCGGAGCCACUGUUGAAACUGAUCGGGCAGACGGAAGCCAUAUCGGAAGCUGCGGGAGUGUUCGCCAUUUGGAUGAUUCCGCAGCUCUUCGCUUACGCCAUGAACUUUCCGAUCGCGAAGUUCCUGCAGUCGCAGAGCAAGAUCAUGGUGAUGGCUGUGAUUGCGGCCGUGGUUCUUGUUCUGCACACUUUCUUCAGUUGGCUGUUUAUGCUGAAGCUAGGAUGGGGUCUGGUGGGUGCGGCGGUGGUGCUCAACACCUCCUGGUGGUUCAUAGUCCUGGCUCAGCUUAUUUAUAUCUUCAGUGGCCCUUGUGAUGGCGCUUGGUCUGGCUUCUCCUGGAAGGCCUUUCACAAUCUCUGGGGUUUUGUUAGAUUAUCUCUCGCCUCCGCAGUCAUGCUCUGCUUGGAAGUUUGGUAUUUCAUGGCGUUGAUCCUCUUCGCCGGAUAUCUGAAGAAUGCCGAAGUUUCAGUAGAUGCCUUGUCCAUUUGCAUGAACAUAUUAGGGUGGACGAUCAUGGUAGCUCUUGGGAUGAAUGCUGCCAUAAGUGUGAGAGUGUCAAAUGAGUUGGGUGCAGCUCAUCCAAGAACAGCAAGAUUUUCGCUAGUGGUGGCAGUAGCAACUUCAUUUUUGAUCGGCAUUCUCAUCUCACUUGUUCUGAUAAUCACACGAAACAUAUACCCAUCUCUGUUUUCAAGUGAUACAAGCGUGGAAGCCCUAGUUAAGGAGCUCACGAUAAUACUGGUUCUAUGCAUUAUCAUUGACAAUGUUCAGCCCGUUCUCUCUGGGGUGGCGAUUGGGGCAGGAUGGCAAGCUGUUGUUGCUUAUGUGAACAUUGCGUGUUACUACCUUUUUGGGGUCCCUCUGGGUCUCGUAAUGGGUUAUAAGCUUGGUAUGGGAGUCAAGGGGAUUUGGUAUGGAAUGAUGAUAGGAACAAUCGUGCAGACGUGUGUUCUUUUCAUCAUCAUUUAUAGGACCAACUGGAAUAAAGAGGCUUCUAUUGCUGAAGACAGAAUAAGGAAAUGGGGAGGACCUACAGCACGAGAAGGCAACGAUGUAGAAAAACCCGCCGAGACCUAAAAAUGAAAGUGAAGAAACAUGACAGACCUUUUUGUGAACUUCCAAAUAAAAAAAUUAGGCGGCGUAGUGGUUCUACCAAUAACAUCAUCAUCAUCGGCGAGUGCAGACCCUACUUCUAAGCGUAUUUUUCUUCAACAUUUUGGGCCCUAUGACCGCAAGAGCUCUUUCAACAAUUUAGUGUAACAUCACAUUUUUCUUUAAAGAGCAAUUUCGUUUGUGUCAAAAAAGAAAAAGAAAAAAAAAAAGAGCAAUUUAGUUUGACAUACUGUCGGCAGUAGAGCACCCAGAUCGAGCAGAUAUUCUUCAAGUUUGUUUUCCCUAUUAAGAUUGUAGUGUGUUUUGUCA